AUGGAGGAGUGGUUAAGAGCAGGUGCAGGUGAACUGAUGGAUCUAACUAUCCUGAGGAAUGUGUCGCCCAAAAUUGAAUCAAAGAACCUCUACCUGCAGAGGCAGAGAUACAAGGGGGCUGGGCUGAUGGACUCGUCUCCCACAGAGAGCCGAAGAAACCUCGCACUAGAGCACAGUUUCUGGUAUUCAACGGAUUAUGAAUUACUAAAGGAAAGACACGGCUACUGGAUGGGGAGGGAGGUUUACGUCCCGGACGACUUUAACGCCACUUUGGGAAGGACGGCCAACAAGCAAGUGUUCGAAGGCCUGACCACGGGCAUCCUGAGAAUCGUGGCCGUGGUGCUGGGGUGUCUGAUAUCCAGCGUGCCUUACGGAAACAAUCAGACCUGUGCCCCAAAACUGCUCCAGGAGAUGAAAAGCAAGACGUCGCCCGUUGAGGCCUUUAACACUAGGAUACAAGACCUCAUUAGCUACGUAGGGAACAUUGGACUGAUUGAAAAGCUGAGCUGCUGCUUCCUGUCGGUCCAAGGCCCGAUUGACGAAAAUCCCAAAAUAGCAGCUUUUUUGCAGAACGCCACCGCUGCCUUGCAGGGCUUGUGCCAGCUGUGUUUUGCCGUCAACGGAAGAUCUUGGAGUAUAUUUGAUAACUCCCACCAGGAUCCUACAGGAUUCACAGUGGCUCUCGCGGCCACGGACCUGGUUGGGGUUCUGCACAUGCUCUACUGCAUCCUCUUCCACGGCACCAUCGCGGACGCAAGCGCAGCGAGCCCAAAAGAGAGUUACGUGGAGAAUACCAUCCAAGUGGCCCUUCAUAGUUUACGCCUCUUUAAUAGUUUCGCCGUCCUCGACCUGCCAGCUUUCCAGUCAAUCGUGGGCGCCGAAGGGCUGUCGCUGGCGUUCCGUCACAUCGUAAACUCUCUCCUGUGGCACUGUUCCCAGCACACCUGCGAAGCCCUGCUCCACGAAGUCAUCAUUUGCGUCGGGUACUUCACCGUAAACCACCCGGAUAAUCAGGUGAUUGUCCAGUCCGGCCGCCACCCCACCGUCCUCCAGAAACUUUGCCAGCUGCCCUUCCAGUAUUUCAGUGACCCUCGCUUGAUCAAAGUUCUGUUUCCAACGCUCAUAGCCGCCUGCUACAACAACCCGCAGAACAAGAUUAUCCUGGAACAAGAGAUGAGCUCCAUUUUGCUCGCCACCUUCAUUCAGGAUUUCACACAGAAUUCCAACCAAGCAGACAGACAGCUUUCUCAGCAGAAGGAAAAGAUCUUCCUCUUCCAAGAUUACCUCGAGCUCGCCAACCGGUUCCCUCGGCAGACGUGGGAGGAAGCGCGACAGUUUUUCUUGAAGAAAGAGAAAAAAUAAGUUUUUUUUAAAGAAGAAAUUCCAACAUAUCUAUCUUUGUAAAAUAUGACAAGGUUUUUUUUACGUUCUUUAAGCAUCUGUUCUAAAAGCCUGUUUUAUACUCAGAAUGCGAAUACUGUAGAUAUAUAUUGAGAUACAUAUAUAUAUAUAAUUUGCACUACUUGUGUUCAUAUGAUGUGUACAUAGUUAAGACUUGAUGUUGUCAUUUUGAAAAGGGUUUUGGGGGGUUUUUUUGGCACUAAUAUAUUUGAUAUUACGGAUCCUGGCACCUUCAACACCUUGAGGUAUAACAUCCCUUGCCCUGUAAAACUGCUGAUACUCGGGUCUAAGGCUAGAGGGUAGGCCAGAUCCGCAGGGAAUUUCUCCUUCGUGGACUCCGUUAAAUGGAGCGAGAAUGCUACAUGAGGACUUCCCUCUAGCUUGGACCGUCCAUUUCACUAAAACGGUAAUAAAAUAAUUUAUUCUGUGUGUGGCUUCCUGCUUUUCCCCGACAUUCCCCCCCCACACACACACACACACUACGUUCCGUUAUACAUUAAAAAUUAAUCUGAACACUAGAACAUGUGACCUUGUUGGGACACGGCGUCCCGUUUAAAUUUGGCAGGAAGAUCUGUACAGGUUUACAGUUUACGGUUAGCUGUUUUCUUCCACCGUUAACCGGUGGGUCUCCACCGAAUUUAUUAAAAGAAAGCAUUUCAACUUGC